CCCACCUUCACAAGACCAAGGCCUCGAAUCUUUUUUUUUUCUGCUCCUUGUCGCAUUACACAUCGUCUGAUGAUCUGGUAUAAAUACCUGCCUCCUAAUCUAAGUGGUUGUAGUUGUCCUUUUGAUUACUCAAGGUAUUAUUCCUAUUACCUUAACUACUACUUCGUACAUCUCUCGUUUUCAACUCCCAUGUUUAGCCAUUUCUUUCCUCCCCUCUUUUCCUCACAAAUGCUCAUCUAGUUCCUCGCCAGCUCCUUACAUCCUCUUUGCACCCUAACAAGCUUGGAAGAACAGAUAGUUGGGCAUCAUGGUCCCCAGGACGGUUACCUCAAACGAGGUCUACAUCUUACCUCUAAAGGAUGACGGUGCUCCCGAUAUCCCUGGCGAGUACAUCUAUCUGGCCCCUAAAACCCACGACCCCAUCACUAUACGAUUUACGAUCGAGGGCACGUCGUCAAUAUGUAGACAAGGUAGCUUAUGGGUCAACAUCCCCAAGAGAGGAUCUGAGUUCCGCAGAGACCAGUUUCGCGAAUACAAACUGAACCCCGACUUCAACCGGACGAUAGAGAUUUCGAUCCCUGUCUACGAAGCUGGUGCUUUUGCUUUCUACACCACAUAUGCUGAACUGCCCGAGCUGUCUUCUGCUUUGGGCUCAAACGCACCAGGCACAGUCGAAUCUAAAAAGACGCCGUUAUAUUACAUCGAUGUAGCGCCUAGACUAUCGCUGGACGGCCGACCCUUGCCGCUACCAGCUCUAUCGAUAUUUUCCGUCAUCAGCAAGUUUAUGGGCAAAUACCCGACAGACUGGGAAAAGCAUCUGCGAGGUAUUAGUGGCCGUGGAUACAACAUGAUACAUUUUACUCCUCUCCAAGUUCGGGGUGCCUCGAACUCGCCGUACAGUUUAUACGACCAACUUGGAUGGGAUCCAGCGUGCUUUCCUCAAGGAGAGAAAGAUGUACAGCAGUUGGUUGACAGUCUGGAGAAAAACCAUUCUCUUCUCAGCUUGACUGAUAUAGUCCUUAACCAUACCGCGCACAACACCAAGUGGCUCUUGGAGCAUCCAGAAGCUGGAUAUAACCUCACUACCGCCCCCUGGCUAGAAUCCGCCUACGUUCUGGAUACUCAACUCCUUGUUUUUGGCUCCAAGUUGGAGGAGCUCGGAUAUCCUAAGGAGCUCGAAUCUACAGAUGAUCUCAUUAAGAUCAUGGAUGGCAUAAAAAAGCACGUCGUUUCUGAGCUUCGCUUAUGGGAAUACUAUGCGCUUGACGUCGACAGAGAUGCAGAUGCGGCAAUACAAUCCUGGGCAGCCGGAGAAUCGAGCAGUCCCGAGGAAAUCCAGAAGGAUGACUUAACUAAACUCGAGGUCAAGGACCAAGCCCUAUACCUGGUCAAGCACGGCCUGAUUGGGAAUGACAGGCUUGGCGAACGCUUUAGGCGGCGCAUCGACCCGAAGGUUUCUGCUGGGUUGAUCGUUGCUCUGUUCGGGAAGUACAGGGGUGAGGCAGAUGAGGCGGAUAUUCGAACCAAAGUAGUUGAGAUCUUGAAUGUGGUCAAUGUUCCAUUCUACGAGGAGUACGACAAGGAAAUUGGGGAAAUUCUCCAACAGCUGUUCAAUAGGAUCAAGUAUGUCCGCCUCGACGACCACGGCCCAAAGCUUGGUCCUAUCGACGAGAACAACCCUCUGAUUGAAACAUACUUUACACGCCUAGACAAGGCAAAGGCGCCUGCUCAUCUGAAGCCUGAGGAUUUAGUUCUCGUCAAUAACGGUUGGGUAUGGGCUGGAAACGCGCUGAUCGACAAUGCCGGCCCCAAAUCGCGAGUGUACCUACGACGCGAAGUCAUCGUUUGGGGUGAUUGCGUUAAGCUUCGUUACGGAAAUGGCCCUGAAGAUAGUCCGUGGCUAUGGGAUCAUAUGACGAAAUAUGCUCGCAUGUUGGCGAAGUACUUUGCAGGGUUCCGAAUAGACAACUGCCACUCUACCCCUAUGCAUCUUGCAGAGCACAUCCUUGACGAGGCUCGUCGAGUUCGACCCAACUUAUAUGUUGUCGCAGAAUUAUUUACCGGAUCCGAGGAGAUGGAUUAUGUCUUUGUGAAAAGGCUAGGCCUAAGCUCGUUGAUCAGAGAGGCGAUGCAGGCCUGGAGUACGGCGGAACUCAGUAGGCUGGUACAUCGUCACGGCGGGCGCCCCAUUGGCAGUUUUGAGGUCGACGAAAUUUCGAGAGGUCCGAUUGCAAGUGCUCCAUCGAGUCCCGGUCCUAAUAAUGACUAUUCUCCUCGAGAGGUCAUUCGAACGAUCAAGUCUGUACCGGUCCAGGCCCUAUUCAUGGACUGCACACACGACAAUGAAGUUCCUGCUCAAAAGCGAGACGCUCGUGAUACUUUACCAAAUGCUGCAUUAGUAUGCAUGUGCUCCAGUGCGACGGGAAGUGUGAUGGGUUACGACGAGAUAUACCCCAAGCUUGUUGAUCUCGUGAACGAGACCAGGCUCUAUACAUCUGAGUCGUCGUCUGCUAAAGAAAUCAAGGUUGGCGGAGGUAAAGGUGGUAUCGGAGGUGUCAAGAAGCUGCUCAACCAGAUCCACACUCUAAUGGGCAAAGAUGGCUACGACGAAACGCAUAUCCACCACGAAGAUGAGUACAUCACCGUUCAUAGAGUGCAUCCAGAAUCGAGGAAGGGAUAUUUCCUUAUCGCUCAUACUGCUUUCCCGGGUUACGAAAACGGAAAUGGUGCGUUCAGUGCUGUACGCCUUAGCGGCACGAAAGCGCGGCAUCUAGGAAGCUGGAUGCUAGAGGUUGACAUCAACGACGAAGUAAAGAAGGAGGUUGAAGGCGACGAGAAAUACCUACGAGGGCUACCAAGUCGCGUGCUUGAUGUGCCUGGUAUUCGAUUGGAAUCCAAGGCGGACGAGACGAUCAUCACGGUGCGCGACAAGUUUCCGCCCGGAAGUAUUGCAUUAUUCGAAACCUGGAUUCCGGCCGCAGAGCACUCGUCAGGAUUGGAUAAUUAUGUGACGUCUGGUGCUAAGGAAGCUAUGGCGGAGCUGAACUUAGUCGACCUCAACUUCUUGCUAUACCGCUGCGAACCUGAAGAGCUUGAUGGAAGUGGUGGCAAAGAUGGCACCUAUGAUAUUCCGGGUCACGGCAAAAUCGUAUAUGCGGGUUUGCAAGGCUGGUGGAGCAUUUUGAAGGACGUUAUCAAGGACAAUAACUUGGCCCAUCCCCUCUGCCAAAACCUUCGGGAUGGUCAAUGGGCUCUAGACUAUACGGUUGGACGUCUCGAGAGGAUGAGUCAACAGUCGGAGUUUGCUGGUCUUGCUAAGCCCGCAGAUUGGCUCAAGGAGCGUAUUGAUGCGGUUCGAAGUAUACCUAAUUUCCUCCUCCCGCGAUACUUUGCACUUAUUAUACGCACUGCCUAUAAGGCAGCAUGGGAAAGAGGCCUGGAGCUUAUGAAUGAAAAGGUGCAAAGCGGUCAGUGGUUCUUGCAAAGCCUAGCCAUGACAAGUAUACAGAUGACGGGUUUGGUCAGGUCAGCUUCGCUGUGGCCUAAGAAACUCGUUCCUUCACUUGCUGCUGGUCUGCCGCAUUUUGCUGUGGAAUGGGCGAGGUGCUGGGGUCGCGAUGUCUUCAUCUCCCUACGUGGUUUAUACCUAGGAACUGGUCGAUUUGAGGAGGCGGCGGAGCACAUAUUCGCAUUCGCUAGUGUGCUCAAGCACGGCAUGAUUCCUAACCUUCUUGGCAGCGGGAAGCUUCCACGAUACAACAGUCGGGACUCUAUCUGGUUCUUUUUGCAGUGUAUCCAGGACUACACUCGAUAUGCUCCAGAUGGAUUGAGCAUCCUCACGCGAAAAGUUAAGCGGCGCUUCUUACCAUAUGACGACGUUUGGUUUGACUCAGAAGAUCCGAGAGCGUACUCGACAGAGAGUCUCAUACAAGAGGUUAUCCAGGAGGCGUUGCAACGUCAUGCGACAGGGCUAAAAUUCCGUGAAGCUAAUGCAGGACCGAGUAUUGACUCACAGAUGCGCGACGAGGGCUUCAACAUCGAAGUUAACGUAGAUUGGUCCAACGGUAUUAUCUUCGGUGGCAAUCAGUUUAACUGCGGAACCUGGAUGGACAAGAUGGGUGAGAGUGAACGUGCUGGUUCGAAAGGAAUUCCCGGCACUCCUCGUGAUGGCGCUGCUGUGGAGAUUACCGGGUUACUUUACAGUACACUGAAAUGGCUGGCCAAGCUUCAUGCGGAGGGCAAAUAUCCAUACAAGGGCGUGACAAAGGCCGAUGGUACCGAGAUCACUUUCGCGGCUUGGGCGGACCUAGUGAAGUCCAAUUUUGAACGCUGCUACUACGUACCGGUUAGCCAGUCAGACGAUGACCAAUACGAUGUGAAUCCAAAGGUUGUCAACCGACGCGGCGUUUAUAAGGAUCUUUACCGCUCUGGGAAGGAAUAUGAAGACUACCAGCUUCGACCUAACUUUACCAUCGCCAUGACAGUUGCUCCAGAUCUCUUCGACCCAGAGCACGCUUUGAACGCUCUCGUCCUAGCAGAUAAGGUCCUUCGCGGACCGACCGGAAUGGCAACGCUUGACCCCUCAGACCUGAAUUAUCGGCCGUACUAUAUAAACAGCGAAGAUUCGACCGACUUCGCCACAUCUAAAGGCCGAAAUUAUCACCAAGGGCCCGAGUGGCUGUGGCCCACAGGCUUCUUCCUACGCGCACUGUUGAAGUUCGACCUCAUGCGACGCGACACCCAACAUGGACGUGUUGAAGCAUUCCAGCAGGUCACGAGGCGAUUAAGCGGUUGCAAGGAGAUGAUCAAGCAGAGCCCGUGGGCUGGACUUACGGAGCUCACGCAGAAGGACGGCCAAUAUUGUAACGAUUCGAGCCCCACGCAAGCUUGGAGCUCGGGAUGUCUCAUUGACUUAUAUAUGGACGCUGCUGACUACGGCAUGAAGUAAUUACUAUCUUCAUAACCUGGAUAGGCAGAGUAUCGUAUUUGGCGUGCCUAAAGCAACGAAGGCGCGAGAUUUGGAGGUAGUUUGAACAACGUCCGCUUCGCAUCACGAUUAAGCGAGUUUCCUUGGAGCGGCUGAAUAUUUGAAGACUUGGAUAUAUAUCGAGGGACGAAGACAUAUGAUAAAGUUGGAUAAGAUGAGAUGAGAUACGUACCGAACCUAACAUACACGAAUACGUGGAUACGAAAUACGAAAAUAUGAAAUAUGAAAUAUGAUUACGAGAUGGUUACAUUUAUUUAUCGUUCUUAGCCUAUUAUUCUUCUACCCCCCCUACGGUUGAGCAUAGCUGCCACUCGGCAAAUGCCCUGAAGUUGGUCAAAAUUUAUAGGGUCACCCUUCAAAAUCGUGGGGUGCAUUUAAAUUGCAGGGAUUCUUUACUAUGCUUUAAGACAUGUUUGCGCUUAAGAUAGUACACUAUGCACUAAAAAAGAGUAUCCGAGGGUACGGGGGAUUUGCUUCUAGCUUGGGUGUAUUAGCUAAGGAGGUAAGUAGGUACUGUAUUUCUAGUACUGGUAGUAGCUAAUUCCCCUGUAAUUAUAGUGGCAAGCUACCUAAAUCUUAGCGUAUUAGCCACUAUCCACACUUAUGAUUAGUGUCAGCCUAAUACAGUGCGAAUAUUAUUAGGAACACUAAGACUAGAGACUUAGCAACUUGCUUAUAUUGAAU